GCUGAGAGCUCCUCCCGCCUGUUGCGCUGUUUCUUGGCGUCUCUUUACAUCAGUCUUAAGCCUCCUGGGUGACUGGUCCUCCUUUAAAGCUGACGUGUCUUCUAUCCGCUGUUCUUAUUGGUUCGUCAUUUAUGAGGAGCACGCGGCGUUCGGAGGAGUAAUGGCCGUGCCUAGGCUGCCUGCGCCCCUCAUUCUUCUUCUGUGGGCUGUGAGGGCGUCGGACGGGCAGGCGGACAACAGGACAGAGGGGACAAUUCUCGAGACCUCGCCUUUCCCCUCACAAGCCCAGCAGAUGCUCGACAUGUCCUACACGCCAGAACCACUCGAGGCCCACAAGGAGUCCUUCCCGGGGCGCGUGUCUGCCACGGACCCCUACAUCGACCCUGCCACGGCCACAAAGGUGCGGGCGUACGCUGGCACCACGGCCUUCAUCCCCUGCAUCGUCAACAACCUCGGACAGCGCUCGGUGUCAUGGGUGCGGCACCACGACAUACAUGUGCUGACGGUGGGCCGCUUCACCUUCACCAAUGACGACAGGUUUGAGGUGCACCACGACGACGGCAGCAACGAGUGGCUACUGCGGCUCAGGUCCCCGACUACCAAUGAUUCGGGGACGUACGAGUGCCAGAUCAACACGAAGCCGACCAUCACGCAGCUCAUCAACCUGGUGGUGCUAGAGCCGCGCGCAGUGAUCACGGCGGGUAGCGAGCUGUACCUGGACAGAGGGUCGACACUCCGCCUCACCUGCCAGGUGCGCGACGCCCCGAGCCCCUCAGAGUUCCUCCUCUGGUAUCACGAACAGAAGCAGGUAGCCAACUACGAGGUGGAGAAGGUGGAGGUGAGCGUCGGGGCGGACGACAACGGCACCACCGUCAGCACCCUCACGCUAGAGGACGCACAGGUGCACAACUCUGGCCUGUACACCUGCAGCCCCUCCAACGCCAAGCCCUCCUCCAUCAGGGUCCACGUACUGAGCGGCGAGCACCCCGCGGCCAUGCAGACCAACUCCUCGCCGUGCCUGAUGUGUCCGAGGAGCUCCUCCUCCUCUUCCUCCUUCCUCUACUGGCGGGGGAACUUGUCUUCAUCCCUUCUCCCUUUCUUCAUGCUGCUCUUGGCCCUCCUGGCUUCCCCCUUCAGGCCCCUUCAGCAGGCACUCCUCCUGGCACUGCUGGUCUCAAGUGCCGCGCUGCAGCAGGCGUCUUGAUGAGGCGGAGGAGGUGAGGGGAGGUGAGGGGGGGAGUGAAACAACUCCUCUUACAACCGAGUGCAUCACGCACAGUCUUGCAGAAACCUUCCCCCGAGAAGCACCAGUUGACACCCUGAUACACCUCUGUACACUCCUACCACCCGUCUCAUUACACUCCACGGCACACCCAGCCUCGGGGUACACACGUGCGUGGCAUCAGAUCACGUAUAUGGUGCCUCAGGUGCACCGACCUGUGCACCCACGAGCUCGGGUGUUGGCUCAAGACUGUCACGUCUCCAGGGGUCGUUCUUUCCCCCACUUCUGUCCCUGUCACUCGUCUUCAACUCAGCAAGUCUUUCUGGUUUCUUUAUUUCAUCUUGCCAUCGUUGUUCUAUACUUAGAACUUGUUCAAUCUGUAGUAAACACGAGACAGCCAGCAAAAUCCUGCACCGAUACGUGUUUGCUUGUGGAGGCAAACACAGGAAAUAGAUUUCUGAGGCGAAAUGAAAAUGUUUUUUAGGUCACGAAGUGUUAAUAGUUUUUCAAGAAAAAGUUUUUUCAUACUGAUAUUGUAAAUGUUUUUUUUAUUUUCUUAGAAAAAGAAAAAAAAAUCACCUUUAUACAAAAAAAAAAUACUCGAAGAUAAAAGAUAAAGAAAAAAAUGGAUGCACCGGAUGAAGCAUCUUUCCUGGGAGUCCCAAACCCACUUACCGGACUCCGCGGCGUGCCCGGCGUGUGGAAGGGACCGCCGCUCGAGGGGCUGCCCGGCGCGGAGGUCAUGGCGUCGAUAGCCCACCGACUCGCACACCCACGCACACACAAAACUUUUUUACAGAUUGUCAGCCCUGCCCUGCCACCAUCUUGCUCAGUGUGUGUGUGUGUGUGUGUGUGUGUGUGUGUGUGUGCAUGCUCGCGUGCAGUGGUGUGAAGACUGGUGCUGGGUGGCGGGUGCUGUAUCAGUGUCAGGGUGUCGUCCGAGGCGUCCCUUAAUGACCCUUCACACACAGCAGACGCACUUUUGUCCUCCAUACAAGUUCGUUAAGGACAAGGCUUACUUUUUGGCUUCGAGCAGAUUUUAUUUAGUUUCAUUUUUCAUGUUAAUGGAGACAGGCCAAGCGAAAAUUAAAACGUUACGAAAAACUGCCCACAAAUGAGUGUCAAAUUGCAGGACAUGGAGAGCCAGCUGGAUGUGGAAGGACGAAAUUGAACAGCCAAACUGGUAAAGGUAAUGUUGAAGGCAUACAGAACCCAUUAACCUUCGAUACAGGGCAAGUGUGACAUCCAGGAUAAAACUAUUCAUCUUCCCAAGGUUUCCCAAGAUCAGGGGUUUUAAACCUGGGGCAAAUUACCCCAAGUGGGGUAAUUUGGUCUUUUUUUGUGGGAAGUGGAGGAGACAGAGGGCAAUCAAGAAAAAAAUAAGCAAAACCAUACCCAUUGUGUUAGGCUUCAAAUUUGGACAGGCUGAAUAUGUCCUUUUCUCUCCUAUUUUUAUCCAGCUAUUUAGCUCUGCCUAAUAUACCACAUACAAAUUUAUUAAUAAGUUUUCAAAAUAUGGGUGCUAAAAUGUAAUUGUGGAAGAAACAUGAGCAAUGAAGGGUAACGAGUGACGGGAGAUGUGGAAAAUGGGGUAACGAUUAAGUAAUGGUUGGAAACCCCUGCCCUGGAUUAUCGGUCAACUGGAAUGGGAAGAUAAACAACUGGGUCGGCUGCACACCGACUGUCCAGGCCGGGAUCGAACUCCAGCACACGCAUUCGUGGCUAAUUGUGCAAACCAGUGUACCAGUGAGGGGCUACAUAGGGAAGGGUGAAAUAAAACGUACGCACUUUCUUCCAAAGUUUCCGACUGAAAUGAAAAAAAAAAACCUCCCUUCAGUGAAAGUUACCUGCCGAGUGGCUCCUGGGAAUGGAAACUGCCUAGCGACGGUCAAUACACGGUUCGAUGCGCCAAAAAAUUAACUGUUUAAUUGCAAAUGAUCAAAUUUCUCUCGUUGGGUACCGAUAAAUAAAGCCGAGAAUGAAAAUCUUUGAGGUUAAAAAUGUAAGGUUUUAAGCGUCAAAAUAAAAUAAAAAACACUCGAUUGGAAACGCGUUCACUAAUUGGAAAAAAGAGCACCUGAGGACAGGCUUCCUAGGAUGAAAUUGAAGCCUUGUAUUUUUCUGUCUCUCUUUGUCAUCACUCUCAACCUUCUGUUCUCUCCUUAAAUACUUCCUUCCUCCUGAGUUCUCUGCUUGUAAUGAGAAACGACGCAUAUAACUUUACAUUGACUUUUGUGUUCGUAUUUUUCUUUCUCUUUUAUAUUUAUUUUGCGUUUCCUUGUCAUUAACCUUCAGCAAUCCAACAACCUGUCCCUCCUUCUAUCCUGUGUCUGUCUUUCCUGUUGUAAAUAGGAAAACGGUUGGAGGUCACAAAAAUAGUUUUAAUAUUCCAAUUAUCUAGACUUUCUGUCCUCACGUUUAUCUUCCUUUUACUUCCCUCCUGUUUCUCAUUCUCAUUAUUCCUUACCAUCCUUCACACAUAGAUCGUUACUUCUUUCCCUCUGUGCUCACUUGCUGGUAAGGAGAAGCCGGUGGGAAGUCACGUAAAUGCCUCAUCGACUUUCUUAACUUCACUCACUCUUCUCUCGUUCCUCUUCACCACCCCGGCCCCGACACACUCAAGCCGUGGAGACCUUCGUGUGAGCCCUGAGCCACCCCCUCCCUCCCCUGGCGCCCCUGUACAUACAUUCCUACCAUUCAACGCGUCACGCUGUACACAACGCAGCCCAUGUGUGUCUCUUACUCUCGCUUCUUGCCUGGAUUAUACUUUGAAUGUUUCACUAAUAAAAACACCA